CGUAGCAUCAUAUUGAUCUGGCAUGCGCCAGCUUCACUUGAGCCUCAUUAACCAUACCACGGCUACAUCCACACAUUGCUUGAUUGUUCAUUUUACUUCUCCUUGACUGCUCUUUAUUUCUUCCCUUCCCUCACGUUAGCGAACAGCUCUGGUACACUAGCAAUUUCUUUAAGCCUCCUUCAAAGGCAACAACGGCCUCUUGAACUUCACUACUCCUGCGCCACCCAAGCCGACACCCAUCAUUCUUCACCGCCAACAUGUCCGACGACGACGAUUUCAUGCAAGACUCUGAUGCAGAGCAAUAUGACUUCGAAUACGAAGACGACGACGACGCCGAAACAGGCGACGUCGACAUCGAAAACAAAUACUACAACGCCAAACAACUCAAACUUGACAACCCAGAAGACGCGGUCGCCGAAUUCCUGGGCGUUCCCGACCUCGAACCCGAAAAAGGCGACUGGGGCUUCAAAGGCCUCAAACAAGCCAUCAAGCUCGAAUUCGCGCUGGGCCGAUACGACAAUGCCGUCAAACACUACAAGGAACUCCUCACGUAUGUCAAGUCGGCGGUCACGAGGAACUACAGUGAAAAGUCCAUCAAUAACAUGCUAGACUACAUUGAAAAAGUGGCCACGGAACAAACAGCAUACAAAUGCAUGGAGGAGUUCUACUCGUUGACGCUAGACACAUUCCAAGCGACGAACAAUGAGAGAUUAGCACUCAAGACAAAUCUCAAAUUGGCGAAACUAUAUCUCGACAAGAAAGACUACAAUCUACUCACGAACAAAGUCCGAGAAAUACAUCAGGCGUGCCAGAAAGAGGACGGGACGGACGAUCCGGGCAAAGGCACAUAUUCGCUGGAAGCAUACGCGUUGGAGAUCCAGAUGUACGCGGAAAUGAAGAACAACAAGCGCCUCAAGUCACUGUACCAAAAGGCUCUGACCGUUCGAUCGGCAGUGCCCCAUCCAAAAGUGCAAGGCAUCAUCCGGGAAUGUGGAGGCAAGAUGCACAUGAGCGAGGAGAACUGGAAAGAGGCUCAGAGCGACUUUUUCGAGUCGUUCAAAAACUACGACGAGGCUGGUUCAAUGCAGCGGAUACAAGUCCUGAAAUACUUGGUGUUGACCACCAUGCUUAUGAAGUCGGACAUCAACCCAUUCGACUCACAGGAGACUAUGCCAUACAGGAGCGAUCCACGCAUAUCAGCCAUGACUGAUCUCGUCGAUGCCUAUCAGCGUGACGACAUCCACCAGUACGAGUCUAUCCUGAAAGGCAACCAGGAUCUACUGGCGGAUCCCUUUAUCGCCGAGAAUAUUGACGAAGUAAGCCGCAACAUGCGCACCAAAGCCGUCCUCAAAUUGAUCGCCCCCUACACUCGCUUCACCUUGCAAUUCAUUUCCAAGCACAUCAAGAUCCCGGUCAGUGAAGUACAGGACAUACUAGGAGUGUUGAUCGUGGAUAAGAAGCUGCAGGCGAAGAUCAAUCAGGAAAAUGGCACUGUGCUGGUGGAGACAGGAGCGGGUGAUACACAACACUUAUCACGUUUGCGUGACUGGACAUCUGCUGCUGAUAGUCUAUGGACGACGGUCCUGAAUGACGGUGACGGGUUCAAGCCAGAGGACAGUCAGGGCGCGGGGUCGUUCGGUGGCAUGAUCAACUUUCCCAUGGGUAUGGAAACUGGCAAUUCCAUUCCCGGUCGAGGAUCUGGUCGUGGUGCUGCUCGCCGCGGCGGCGGUCAUGCUCGCGGUGGCGCAAGCGCGAAGCUGUUUGUACCGCCCGGGUGAAACCUGUCAAAAAGCGGGAGCGGGAGCGGCGCGGAUGGGAUCAGCAAUUAUGGUCUUUGGCCUGCCCUCCUCUUGCCUUUUCCACAAGCUCGUUGGCUGGAACCCACGUUGUGAAACGUACCAUGCGUUGCAUGCAAUUGAUAGGAUGUCGGGGAGUACAUCAGGUGCCCACCGAGUUGACAGUAUUAUGUCAAAGGCGCGCAUGUCAUGGCUGGAAGGCAUCAAAUUGCCGGGACGGCCAGUCCUUGAAGGG